CCCAUUGCCUUAGUGUGCGAGAGGAUUUGAGCACAGGCAUAUCGCCGGAGUCCACGAUAUAACCACUAGUGACCCAAGGCGGCAGUCCUUGAGCCGAACGCUCUUCUCUCCACUUCUUGAACUGUUUCACUUCCGCUCGAGUAGCCUUGUGCUUUCUGUCGACACCAUCUAUCUCACGCACUACUCCUCCUCGGUACACUGGCUCUGUGUCAUCAACCGUCCAAUGUGUGGGUCCCGAGAGCCUGCUGGCGUCUAUCAAGAAGUCGAAGUCGACAAUUGUUUCAGUAUAACUCUCUCGUCUCGUUCGUGUUCUUCCAUCUGAAUCCCGUUCAGAUACAUGUCGGUAUCUCGUCUCUGUAUGAGACCCUCUGCAGUGCAGACGGAAUGUAGGUGGUGUAACGGCUUGAGAGAGCAGGAAGCGGUAGAGUGCCUCUGAGCACAGUAUGAACAGAUGCGGUACGGAAAAAGGGCCGACCGACACGCACCACCGUCGCUGUUUAGAUGCGCGUCGUGAGAGACGAUGUCACCUGAGCCCGUGUCGAAACAUUCUGCUUCGUAAGGAGUGAAUGCAGGCGGAGGUUCUUCGCCGCCCGGGAAGAUGACUGUGCAUGCGAUUAGUGCCAGGACAUGGUGGAAGCAGGUGCCGCGGACCGAAGGGCUGGGUCGAUUCCGAGAAAUCAAUCAAAGGUGGUGUGUCUUGGAAGGGCGGCGGCGGCGGAGCGGUGGAAGACCCUGCUUCAGGCUGAAUGAGCGCAUCUUGUGAUCCCGAGUGCUUGUCGGGAGGGAGAAGCAUGGCCGGUAACGGCCGUUGGAUAACCCGUAGCAAGGUUAAAGGCAAGAUGUGUGCAGAUGUGUUCAACAAGCGUCAACAGACAUAGUUUGUCCUCACCGGCCUUGCAAGUCGCAGCACGUUCUUCUGCUGCUAUGCUUGGGCGUCGCUUAGAGGCUGUUGCUUUAAACCUACUCCAAUCCUCCUCCUUUCUCACUUGUUGAUUGUCAUGUCGUCUGAUUUCCUUUCUUCUUCCUCCUCCUCCUCUACGAUCGCGUCCACGUCCGUCGCCGCGUCGAGCCCCUCCUCAGUACCGUUGCUCACAUCCUCAAUAGUAUCCAGUUCCACGAGUUUUAGUCUGGUCGGUCUCACCAGCUCCUCCAUCUUACCGUCGGCAUCCAGCUCCUUGUCUCCGGCUGCGAUGUCUUCGUCUCCCUCGGCAUCUGGAUCGGCGUCUGCGUCCUCUGUGUCCUCUGCGUCCUCCGCCCCCCUCUCUUCGUCCUCGGCAUCACCGUCGUCUUCCGUUGUCUCAAGCUCGCAGGCCUCUUCCAUACUCCCAAGCUCGUCUUCCAUUUCACCAUCGUCUUCUUCGACACCCGCGUCGUCGAGCACCACCCCGAUAUCGAGUGUAACGCCGUCAUCGAGCACGACUAUCUCCUCCACGACCACAUCAUCAUCACCCAUCAACUCGAGCACAUCCAGUACUCCGCCACCCUCUGUCACAACUCUACCUCCCAAUACACGGACGAUCACAGCGCAGGGGAGUGACAUAAUACAAACUCUAUCGACUGUCGUGGUUGUGACCACUACUGAUAGCCAAGGUCGUACUACGACCAGCAUUCCAUCGGCUAUUACCUCCACAGUGACUUUCACGAGUAAUGGGGUGCCCGUCACGACAACAGAGGUAAAAUUGAAUCCGACGCUCGGUUCUAACGGGAGCAGUUCCGGUUCAUCUCCUUUCUUCAAAAAAACCGGUGCGGUCGCGGGGGUUUUUGUACUCGUGGGCCUAGCCGCCGCUGCGAUCGUUCUAGCCGUGAUCUUCGGUCUCCGUCGGAGACGACGGAAUCAGCGGAUCGAGCACGACUCCGCUGUGUCUGCAACGCUUGCUGCAGCUGGCUUCCACCGUGCGCCACUGGACGAAGACGCAAAUGAACUCCAACAGUCGCGAGGCUUUGUGACACCUGACAUGGAAAUGCGGACAGGCUCCGCUCCCAGUUUCCAUCCGAGCGGGGGGCGAAACUCGGGAUAUCGGGAUUCUAUGGGGCCCGACGAUGUGAUGCACGAUUACAAUCCGUAUUCCGAGUUCGGGGCCGCAGGUGGACUUGCUUCCGCUCUACCGAGAGACGGAUACGUGCCUGCUCGGACAAGCAGUCCCCCACCGAGUGCGUUCGAGCCAUAUCGAGCCAAUUACGUCAGCCACUCUGCGUCGCACAGUGCGGGCAGCACAGAACCGCUUCUCAGUGGACUGAACACGAGCCGAUCGUCGCCGGCGCAGCCGCCCACCCCUCCUCCGCGGAACCCCAAACGAGAGCUGGACAGGCAUUCGACGGGUGGGAUGGAGCUCCGUCGUCGCAGCACUGCCUCCUCGGUUUACUCUUUCGAGAGCGGGGAGGCAGACGACCGGCUGAACCCUGCGCUCCGGAACCGGAAUAGCGACAACAUGAACGAUUCGGAGGACUAUUCGAGGCCCGUUCUAGGCGUGCGGAAUCUCGCCGCGGGUGAUGACGUCAGCCAGGCCUCUGGAGAAACAUAGCAUGGACUGUUUUAUGCACAUUGGACAAUAUUUACCAGAUGGACGCUUAGAGACAUUGAUGACACUGCAUUGUAUCUCCUCACAUAAAUCUUGGCUCCUGCGUCCAUUUCACCUCCAAUGGCGCCGCGCGAAAGAGUCGCCAAGCCCACGCAGUAUGGAAAUGCGGGGACCAAUCCGCAGGGCUGGUGGAACGAAUGGCCAUCCGGCCUCAUCGACGUGAGCCGGACGUCGCGAGUCCCCGAGGCAGAGCCUCCUGCGCUCACAGCCGAGCUGCUGGACAUCCCCGUCGACGGAGACCGAUCGGUCCGCGUCAAGCGCGACGCCACUGCCAUGGUCAUCAUCGACAUGCAGAACUUCUUUUUGCACCCAGAUCUGAGGGCGCAUCCUACAGGCCUGGCAUGCGUCCAGCCGCUCAUGAAUAGCAUCCCCGUCCUCCGCAAGCUCGGGAUCAAGAUCCUCUGGGUAAACUGGGGUCUCACCGAGCACGAACUCAAGACGAUCCCGCCCUCGCUCGUGCGCGGAUUCCAGAAGAACGGGCGGGGUGGGUUCGGCUCUGAGAUCCCCGGCGAGUUCGGCGGGCCGCUCCUCAUGCGUGGGGCCAGGAACUCGGAAUUGUACGGCCCGCUCCACGCUGAGUACCUCAAAGGCGAAGCAGCCGGGACAGAUGUCUGGAUUCACAAGAAUAGGAUGAGCGGAUUGUGGGGCUAUCAAAGUGCGCUGGACCUGUUCCUCGAGCAGAACGGGAUCAAGACCCUGCUCUUUGCCGGGGUCAACGCCGACCAGUGCGUCGCGGGGACCCUGGUCGAUGCGUAUUUCCGCGGAUACGACUGUAUCCUAGUCAGCGACGCAACGGCCACCAGCUCACCCGAGGGCGGCUAUGAGAAUGUCGUCUACAACGCCGGCGCUUCUUAUGGAUUUGUUACUGAUACAGUGCGGUUGGCGGCUCUCCAGUGAGCAAGUGAGUGGGUG